AUGAAUCUAUCAAGUUUUCUCUGCAAAAAUAUUGUGUAUGAUUCAUUGACACAUGAAGAGUUUGAAGAACACCGGAAUUGUUUCAUUGACAAACACAACCUCCAAGCCAAUGAAUGGUUACUUGGGCUGUAUAAUGAACGACGAUGUUGGGCGCCGACAUUUAUGAAAGAUACUUUUUGGGCAGUGGAGAAAGAAAAUUGGGCUAAUUUUGAAUCUUUAAAAUCAUGGAUUCCUUGCAUAAGCACAUAUGCUAUUGAGAAACAAUUUCAAGAUGCAUAUUCCACUGCCAAAUUCAAGGAGUUCCAACAAGAACUUCCUAGUAAGCUUUAUUGUCAAAUAUCUUCUUCUAAAGAGGUUGAUUCAUAUGUGGAAUUUAUAAUAGAAGAAGAUGUUCUGGUUGGAGAGACUCAUCGUCCUGUUCCUUUUGUGGUUUGCUUUAAUGGAGCAAGUUCUGAUGUUCACUGCAAUUGUCGAUUGUUUGAGUUUAGGGGAAUUUUAUGUCGACAUGCAAUUACGGUGUUGAUUCAUAAGCGAAUUUCUCGUGUGCCUGAAAAGUACAUUUUAAGACAAUGGAAGAAAAAUAUAAGUAGAUGUCAUACAAAGGUUAAGAUAAGUUAUAAUAUUUGGAGUACCAAUAUUGAAGGAAAACAAUUUGAUAAGUUGUCUAAUUUAUUUUCUACUGUAGCAGACUUGGCAUCUACUAAUGAGGAUGAUUAUAAUAUGGUGAUGAAUGUGAUUAGUGAUCUUCAGAAUAAAUUGAUAUUUACUAAAAGUUUUGGUGGUAAUGAUAGAAGAGAAAACUUGUCAUCUCAUAGUAGAAUGAAUUGUGAAAGUGUUGGUGGUGCUUCGAAAGAGGGGAGUAUUAAUAUUCUUAAUCCACAGGCUAUUCGUAGCAAAGGUCAUCCUCCAUUCAAAAGAAAGCAAUCGAGCCUUGAACAAAUUGUUCGUAAAUUAAAAAAGAAGAAAUUGCAAAAGCAAGAAAAAAAGGAUAAAGCAUGA